GUUUCAGCCAAUCGGGGAGGAGGAGCGCCGCUGGUUGGAUUUGAAAUAGUUGGCGGUUGGUGUUGGAGGAGAGUGCAGGCUGAGAUCCGCCGGUUCUGAUCAGAUUAAACUCAGAUUUUCUGCGGGAUUCCGGCAUUUAUUGCUGUAGAACAUGCAGAACAAAGAAAACCGCGAGCCCAGAGCACUCCUCACACAGGCGUCUGGGUCAAGCUCUGGAGCAGAAACAGAAAGCAUGGGUCCAGGCCGAGUACCAGUGAAGUCCACCUCACCAAAGACGUUCACUAUUAAAGAUUUCCACAUCGGGCGUCCGCUGGGGAAGGGGAAGUUUGGGAACGUGUAUCUGGCGCGGGAGAAGAAGCUGAAGGUGGUGGUGGCUCUGAAGGUGCUCUUUAAAUCUCAGAUGGAGAAAGAGGGCGUGGAGCAUCAGCUCAGGAGAGAGAUAGAGAUCCACUCCCGCCUCAGGCAUCCGAACAUCCUGCGCUUCUAUAACUACUUCUACGACUCGUCCCGAGUGUUCCUGAUUCUGGAGUACGCUCCACGAGGAGAAAUGUACAAAGAGCUCCAGCGCUGCGGACGCUUCAGCGACCAGCGCACAGCCACGUUCAUGGAGGAGAUCUCAGACGCGCUGCAGUACUGCCACGAGAACAAGGUGAUCCACAGAGACAUAAAGCCAGAGAAUCUGCUGCUGGGGUUCAGAGGAGAGCUGAAGAUCGCUGACUUCGGCUGGUCUGUUCACGCGCCCUCACUACGCCGCCGCACCAUGUGUGGAACUCUGGACUACCUCCCCCCGGAGAUGAUCGAGGGACACUCUCACGAUGAGAAGGUGGACCUGUGGUGUAUCGGGGUGCUGUGCUACGAGUGUCUGGUGGGGAACCCACCGUUUGAGACGGCCAGCCACUCAGAAACCUACAAACGAAUUACAAAGGUGGAUCUGCACUUUCCUAAAGUGGUCUCAGACGGAGCUCGGGACCUGAUCUCUAAGCUGCUGAGACACAGCCCCACCAUGCGUCUGCCCCUGAAGAGCGUCAUUGAUCAUCCCUGGGUGAAGACCAACUCCCGCCGAGUGCUGCCCCCAGUCUGCCAGCCAAAACCCGCCCCCACACACUAACACCCUGCUAAUCUCACGAUGUACAGAUAGAGUUCAGUAGUGUUCUGAUAGGGGUGCUUAUGUUGGUUCAGGUGUUUCUAAACCUGCAUCAGUCGGAUUCUUGCAUUACGCCAGGCUGGUUCUAGAUCAGUCAAGUCUGUAGGACUGGGUCAGUUCUGCGGAGUCUGGCAGCGUGUUUGGGCGUUAGCACCCUCUACUGGUAUCUGGAGGAAGAUUGAUUUAUGACUGCUGGUUUCUCUGUUGUUCACCUUUUGUACAUAAGAACAUGAUUUUGCACACUGCCCAUGUGUUUUCUCUCUUCUUUUGUGUUUUUCUACAUUAUUUCCUUUUUAAGAGUAAGACUGGUUUGUGUGUGUGAUGUUUUGUCACAUUUUUAUCUGUUCAAAUAUAUAUAUUUUAUCUUCAAUAAACGUUUGUGCAGUCUGAUGAAGAUUGCGCACUGACUG